AGUCCAAGUUCCAGUCUAAGAUGGAGGAUCCAGAGAGGAGUAACAUGAGUAGUCUGGACCUGUACUCAGACAUGAUCGGAGAGACGGAAGGAAUGAAUGUACAAGGGAGGAGAACAACACAGGAACACAGCAUCAUGAGCUCCAUGGAUCUGUACGAAGACAUGCUCGGAGAGACAGAAGAAAUUACUGAAGAGGCAGACCUGUAUUCAGACAUGCACGGAGAGACAGAAGGAAUGAGUGUAGGAGGGAGGGGACAGGCCGAGGAACACAGCGUCAUGAGCUCCAUGGAUCUGUAUGAAGACAUCAUCGAGGAAGAGCGAGAAAAUGAGAAGUUUGAAGAGCUAAGAAGCGAGGUCACCAAGACAGCAGGACAGAUGGAGGAUCUGAUGGCUCAGAUGGAAGAUAUACAGUCAGAGAAACAGACCCUUGCUGCAGAGAACCAGGCCCUGAAGAAGAACAUCUCUGCUCUGUUUGUCACAGCAAAGGCAGAACUGGACAGGAAACAGAAGGAGAUCGCACGGCUCAGGGCAGAUUUGGAAAUGAUGCAAAUGAGGAGAGGAGCACCCAGAAUCCCUUACUCUGCCAGGCCUUCUGAUAACAGAGAUGACCACAGCAGACCUGGACCCUCUGCUAGAGACCCCAAAGCCACUAGAGAGGCCAGCUCAACUCAGAGAGACCUGGCAGACAGGCAUCAAGGUGCCUGCAGACAGAGCAACAUUGGAAGUUAUCACCAGGAAAAGUCUCCAGAGAGAGAAAGUAGAAGAGAAGGACCCUCUGGUAGAGACUCUAAACCCACAAGAGAGGCCAGUUCAAUUCAGAGGGACAUGACAGGCAGGCAACAGUCUUAUCCGCAAGUAAAUCUCCCAGACACAAGUAGAAGGGAAAGAACUGAUGACUUGAAGUCAAAUCCUGAUCACAGCAGACCUGGGUCAUUAAGUAGAGAGUCCACCAUCACACAAGAGGCCAGUUCAAGCCACAGUGACCUAAAAGACAGGCAGCAUCAACAUGGGAAACGUAACAACAUGACAAGUCAUCAGCAGGGAGAGUCUCCAGAUGGAGAAAGAAGUAGAAAAGAAGUAGCUGAUGUCUUAAAGUCACAUCCUGAGCACCACAGGACACAGACUGGAGACUUAAGAUGUUCUCAGUCUCCUGAGAGAGACAAGGACAGGAGAGAUGGUGCCAGGAAUAGGGCAUGUCGCUCCAAACAUUCAAAACCUGAGCUAAAAAGUAGAGAAACAAAAGAACAGACAGCUCAUAAAAUAGUCAGUGUACAUGCUACAGAAAGGACAUCUGGAGAAGGGCGUAAGCCCAGACAGGUAAGCCAGGAUACAGAUAAACUAGAAACAAAAGAAAGAGAAGCGAUUGAAGGCACAGAUAAAAAAGCAUCUCAACAUGUUCAUGCUCAAGAAAAAAGUAAGUCAACUGAAUACAGAGAUGAGGUGACAAGUCCUCACGGCCCGCACACGCCGUCUUCUCCUUACCCUUUCUCUGAGGAAGAAGUAAAGGUGGGCCAAACGUCUCCUAAGGAAGCUGUGACAGGAGGUCCAAAGACUCCUCCAGAACCUUACCCAUAUGAAGAUGCUGUGAGUAGGAACUUAAGAAAUUACAAAGAUAAGCAUCACAAACAAGAAGGGAGGAAAAAAAGGGUGGCGGAUGAUGAGAGUAGAAGACAUUCUGGGGAAGGGAAGAAAGAUUCUGCCUACUGCUCAUCUGGGAGUGAGAGCCUCUCUAGAAACAGUCGGGAAAAAAGUGUUGAAGAUAAGAGAGAGGAAGAUGAAAAAUACAGAAGGAGAAAGGAUAUCUCUAAAGCCGACCUAAAAUCAAGGAAACAGUCCGGAGAUUCAUCCAGAGAAAAACAUGAGAAUGAUGGUAGAAGUAGUCAUGAAAAAAGUUCAGAAGACAAGAGAACAGAGAGUGACAAAGACGGAGGGAGAGAACACAUCUCUAAGGGUGAUUUGAGACAGAAACUACAUGUACGUCAGAAGAAAGAGUCCAGAAAUAGGUCCCAAGAAAGAUCUUCUGAUGAUUAUAAAAGGAGGGACCAUGACAAAAGGAGAGCAGAUGAACAGAGAGAUCAUAACUCAAGGAAAAGUAAGGAAGACAGGCAUGGGAAGGAAUCUGAUGGCAGGACAACAGAGAGGGGGAGGAGAAAACACAGGGAGGAAAGAUCUACAGAGAGGGACAGAAGUAAUGCCAGACUGCAGAGGGAGGAGAGGAGGAACUCCUCAAGAGGAGACAAAAGUGACAGGAGCCAACCUUCUAGGGACACAAGGGAGGCUCACAAAAGAAAGAGGUCAUCUUCAGGUGAGCUGAGACGUCUUGAAGAAAGAACAAAAGUCUCACCUCCAAGGAAGAAGCAAUAUGGGAAGGAUUCUGAUGGACGUCAACAGUCUCGGGAAAUGAAAAAGUCCAGCUCAAGACACAGGGACAGGUCUGAAGGAAGAGACAAGGAGAGGUUAAGACGGAGAAGCAGUGAAAGGGCAGACCGUCUCCAUGACAACAGCAAGGAGCCUGACAGAAGGGGUCAUAGGUCAAAGUUCGUGAGCUACAGAUACAGGUCUGAAGACAGUGAUGGUGACCCUGACAGGUACCGAUCUCUGAGCGUGGAGACUAACUCAACAUCGGGAAGCAGUUCAGCUUGUAGUGUUGCUGCCCUUAAUGAUGUUCAGAAAUACUUACCUACUAGCUUUGAGGGCAGUCUUCGCGCUUCGAGGAGUCGGGAAGCUGGACUGCAAGAGAGCGGAACAGCUUUGACAAGUCCUGUUGGAGGCAGUUAUAUCAGUGAAGAGCCAUUGGUUGACAUGGUAGGAGAGGGGACAGGAGUUUUAGAUGGACAAGCCAAAGAAGAGAAGAGUCAGAAACAGUACAGGGGCAAUGAUGAACACUUGACCAGUCCUCUAAGAGGCAGGGAUGACAGAGGAAGAUCCUCACAGAACAGCCCUGACUGUGCCACUGACAGGACAGAAGCUGUAAGCAGCCAGCAUUCAGUACCAGCAAGUGAUCAACUCCAGGCAACACGUGAUGAAAGUGAGAUGGAAGAAGUGACCAGCACCACAACUGAGCAGCCAGACAGAAGAGCAACAGUCAGAGAAAAGCUUCUUUCCGAGAGUGCUGAAGAGUUGGGCAUGAUCUUCGCUCCCGUGAAGAGGAAGAGGGAAGAUGCCAAACAGGAAUAUGUAAGUUCCCCUGCUGCUAAGAAGAAAAAGGCUGCCCAGAACUCUCCAACGAAAAAGACAAGACUGUCUCCAAGGAAGAAUCUGAAGGAAAGUCCAUCCAAGAAAGUCACAUGUAGUCCUACGAAGUCUCCUCAAAAGAUCCCUCAGGAAGGUGAAGACUCAACUGAAAUUACUCCAAGCACUUUUGUGUCUCCUCCAAAAACUCCUAAGAAGUCCCCGCAAACGUCUCCUAAGAAGGCAGCUACAUCUCCGCACAAGAGUUCAAAGAAGGUCUUCAAGUCCCCUCAGAAGACGCCCAGGAAAUCAUCAGUAGGCACUCCCAAGAAGAAGUCUAAGUCACCGAAGAAGACAGAAAACCUGGUGGAGAAGUGCAGGAGCAUCGUGUGGACAGGGAAGAGCGCCCGAGGGAAGACCGUCAACCUCUUCCACAUCGAGUACGAGACGGGGGACCACUCGGCGCGGGAGGUGUUCCGCAACUCGCCCCUCCUCAGCCCGGUGAAGCCCCCCACCCCCCUGCUGAACCUGAGUGCCAGGAGCAGCGAUGUGGAACCCCCCAGCGGUGAGGACUCCUGUAGCCUCCCCCUCCCCGCCAUCAGCGCUCAGCUCAAGACAGAUAACAAACUGGAGAUGGAGCGACCAGUGCCUUGUUACCAUGGCAACCUCGGUUUCAGCGGUCUCCAUGGCAACACAGGUACUUCUUCACAAAGCAGAACAGAAACAGUGAGCCUACAGCAAAGAGAGCAGAGAUUAUCAGAGAGUUCCAAAAUUGUUGACAAUCUCGGCUUCAGCGGUCUGCAUGGCAAUGCAGGUACUUCUUCGCAAGAUAGAACAGAAACAGUGAACUUACAGCACGAAGAGCAGAGAUUAUCUGAAAGUUCGAGAAUUGUUACAUCAUUGCUACCUCCUAUUGCAUCAAGUGAAGACACUUGCAGGAGUGGGUCUUCUAUAGAGGAGCAAGACUUCCCCAGCACACAAGUUCCUUUCAGCAGAGGGCUUUCUGAGAUCUCCGAGAUGCAACAACCUGUCUCUGUCCAUCUCCCUACAAAUGAUUCAAAACAGCAGACCAACUCAUCCGAAUCAACCGGGCCGUUUGAGGUCAGUAUAAAUGCUGGGGAUGCAACCAAGUCAUCAUCUUCGGAUUCAAACUGUGAGGACAAUAUGCUAACGCAAGAUGGCCACACAUCCCUGCAAAAAUCAGGAGAUGACAAAGGUGAGGAACUUGUUUCAACAGAGGACAACAGUGCAGAGGAUUCUGGAAAAGGAAAGGAAAGGGAAGAGCUGCACUUGAAAACUGAUGGGGAUCUCCGAAGAAGUGUCGAAUCUAGUUUGCUCAGUAUAAGCAACGAGUUCGACUCCAGUACAGCAAACCUUUCCAACGAGGAGCUCUUUGCUGUCGAGGUGCUCGCACAACUCGCUGCUGCAGCAAAAACACCAACACAAAGCCCUGUGAAGCCUGGGUUUUCCCUUCAACAGAUGUCCCCUCAGAAACGUGUCACCAAGAAAAGCCCAAUGAAGGUAGCCGUGACAGGGUCAACGCCCUUCAGGUUGUUCUCCCCAGGGAGAAUGGAACCUACCAUUGCAGCAGAAGUAGAGGUGGGGUCAGGGUGUACUCCUAAAAAGGGCUCGAGGCAGAGAAAGGGAAUGGAUUCACCAUUUAUUCCUCCUCAGCAAUCAACCUCAAGUAACAAAACAGAAAAGGACAGACACAUUAGCAAGAAGGGGAAGAAACACAAGAAGGGCAGUGAAAAAGUCUUAAAGGAAGAUGAAAUUAUGUUAAACCACCUUAAAAGGGACAGAAAUGAUUCAAAGCUGUUUGAAGAAGUUGUAGCAAUGUCUGAAGAAGACAAUAAAAACAGUAAAUCCAAGAAGGCAAAACAAGACAAAGUGCCUCCGCUUGAAGUCAAGCCCUUAAGAUCCAGCCCAAGGAAGCCACAUGGUGACAUUGCUGAUGCUGCAAAACUUCAUAAACCAAGCCCAAGAAAAAGUCCCAGAAAGGCCAGUACUGCGACUCCUGUGAAAAGCAGGGAAGCAACGAAUAAGAAAAAAUCUCCUACCAAAAGUAUCACCUCAACAACAACAACAGACAUCAGCAAACAGAAGACAAAAGACUCCAAACAAGGAGGAAAAGUUGAAGCUAGCCUGCAAGAAAGCAAAACUUUUACACAACAUGAGGAAAACAAAGCCAGAGAAUCAAGCACAAGUCCUCCUACACCGGGAAAUGAUGAACUUGCAGCAAUCUGA